CCCCCCCCCCCCCCCCCUCCCCGCCCCUCCCCCCCGGGCCCGGCGCCCCCCCCGCCCCCGCCCCCCCCCAUGGACAUGCUGGACCCGGGUCUGGAUCCUGCUGCCUCGGCUACCGCUGCUGCUGCCGCCGCCAGUCACGACAAGGGACCCGAGGCAGAGGAGGGCGUCGAGCUGCAGGAAGGCGGGGACGGCCCUGGGGCGGAGGAGCAGACGGCGGUGGCCAUCGCCAGCGUCCAGCAGGCGGCGUUCGGCGACCACAACAUCCAGUACCAAUUCCGCACAGAGAAUAAUGGAGGACAGGUGACAUACCGCGUAGUCCAGGUGACUGAUGGUCAGCUGGACGGCCAGGGCGACACAGCAGGCGCCGUCAGCGUCGUGUCUACGGCUGCCUUUGCGGGGGGGCAGCAGGCUGUGACCCAGGUGGGUGUGGAUGGGGCCACCCAGCGCCCCGGCCCCGCUGCUGCCUCUGUGCCCCCAGGUCCCGCAGCGCCCUUCCCACUGGCUGUAAUCCAAAAUCCCUUCAGCAAUGGUGGCAGCCCGGCAGCUGAGGCUGUCAGUGGGGAGGCACGAUUUGCCUAUUUCCCAGCGUCCAGUGUGGGAGAUACCACGGCUGUGUCCGUACAGACCACAGAGCAGAGCUUGCAGGCUGGAGGCCAGUUCUAUGUCAUGAUGACGCCCCAGGAUGUGCUUCAGACAGGAACGCAGAGGACAAUUGCACCCCGGACACACCCCUACUCCCCGAAAAUCGACGGAACCAGGACACCACGGGAUGAGAGAAGGAGAGCUCAGCAUAAUGAAGUGGAGCGGAGGCGGAGGGACAAGAUCAACAACUGGAUCGUCCAGCUUUCAAAAAUCAUUCCAGAUUGUAACGCAGAUAAUAGCAAGACAGGAGCGAGUAAAGGAGGGAUCCUGUCGAAGGCCUGCGACUACAUCCGGGAGCUGCGCCAGACCAACCAGCGCAUGCAGGAGACCUUCAAGGAGGCCGAGCGGCUGCAGAUGGACAAUGAGCUCCUGAGGCAGCAGAUCGAGGAGCUGAAGAACGAGAACGCCGUGCUCCGCGCCCAGCUGCAGCAGCACAACCUGGAGAUGGUGGGCGAGAGCGCCCGGCAGUGACGCCCUCCGCCCCGUGCGUGUGGCGGGGGCCGCCUCCGGGCCCCUGCCGUCCCUUUCCCCAGCCCUUAGCACAGAGAGGGACAGACGCCCCUCCCCCAGCUGCGUUUUUUUAUAGUAGAUUUUUAACAAAAAAUGGGGAGAAAUAAUGCAUUUCUGUGGAUAAGCGCCCACUGCUCUCCUCAACUUGGAAACAAUAUCCUCCCUGCCCGUCUGUCUGUCUCCCUUCUCCCGGCCCCCACUCAGCCCUGGCACUUCUAGUGGUCUCACCUGGAGGCAAGAGGGAGGAGGACAGAGCCCCUGCCAUACCCCACUGCCUCCUUGGACUCUAGAGGUACUGAGACAGGGUGCUUAUGGGAAGGAGGGGAGCCUUUGGGGGGCCAGCCCUGGGGCCUGGACCUACGCAGGGAGGCCACGUCCCACCCCACCUCUUGUUUCUGGAACCCUGCUCCCCUUUGGGUGUGUGAGUGUGUUCUAAUUUUCUUUAUGGAAAAAAUGGACAAAAAAAUAGAGAGAGAGAGAGGUAUUUAACUGCAAUAAACUGGCCCCAUGUGGCCCCGCCUUGUC